AAAAAUGGCUGGUGAAAGUCCACCGAGACGAUUGUCUCAAAUAUUCGACCCUCUCAUGAGCCUUAGCGAGCUCCAGGCCCAAAUACAACAGCAACAGCACCAGCUGGCUCAUCUAAAGUAUUCCAGUGGUGGAGGAAGCGGUGGUGGAAGUAGUGGCGGUGGCUGCCCAACACCACCCCUAGCGUCUCACCCCCAGUGCGGCAUGGGCGUGCCUCCCAUGCCAUCCUCUUCCUCGACGCAAACGUUCUCGUCUUCCUCAACGCUGCAGCAUCAUCAUCAUCAUCAUGGAGGUGUUGGUGGUGUUAGUAGUGUUGGCGCUGGCCAUCCAAACGGCGGAGUUGGUUACUACAACACGACAGCUUCCUCCUCAACAUCUUUAUCAUCUGUGUCAAAUCAAAGCACGAAGCUUAGCUCCAGUAGCAGUACCGGGAGCUAUAUCGGUGGGACGCUCGGUUCGGGUGGUAGUGGUAGUGGAGGAGGUGGUGGUGGCAGUUGUGGCGGAACUGGUGGUGGAGGAGGAGGAGGAGGUGGUGGACUACCUGUACCACCUCCUCACGUGUUGGGUAGGAUAAUGAUGGGUUCACGAUCAACACCGAAUAGUCCACGGUUGAUGAGUCGUCGAAAUGGGAACGGAUCAAAACCUCCACCUGUGCCACAAAAGCCGAAUGCUGCUUAUAUCGCCAACCCGUCGCUUGUUGCCCUCGACUGUGAUGCUCCCUGGCCACCGUUAAGCAGCCUUGGCCCAGAUCCACUCUCAAUGGUGGAAGGACAUCACCAUCUCGGUGGUGGUGGAGGAGGAGGCUAUCUUCAUCAUCAACCGGAAAUAAAUUGGCAGGAGCGCUGUUUAGAGCUACAGUUAGAAUUGCAUCGAUCGAGAAAUCAGGCUGGCCGUGUACGAGACAUGCUGCGAGAAAAGCUCUCCGAACUGGAGCAGCGCGUUAUCGAAGCCGAGGAACGAGCCGACGAGGCUGAAGACAAGGUGCGGGCCAUGGAGCAACGACUGUGUGACUGGCCCAAGUCACAGAACUUAACCGGGCCGUCACCCUCACCGAGCAGCAAUCCGGCCGUAUCGGCCGGUGCGCAGCAAUCGAUCGCGGCAGCGGGACCGACAGUGCACGGUACCGACCACCCACCCAAAGGUACCGAUCCGGUGAAGAUCAGUCAGCUCGAGUCGGCCAUCGAGGAGCAGAAACAGCUGCGCCUACAGGACGCCCGGCAGGUCGGUGCCAAGGCGGCCAAAAUCAAGGAGUGGGUCACGAACAAGCUGCGCGAGCUCGAGGAGCAAAACCAGCUACUGCGCGAGCAGAAUAUCAAGUGCAACCAGCAGCUGGAGCUGCUUCGGAAUCACAUUGCCACGCAGAGUACCCGACACAGCAGCGUCGCCCCAACGCAACCGGUCCGGACGAGCUUGAGUCUGGACGUGCAGGACGUCAAGCGACGCAGCGGCCGAAGGCGUAGCGAAUCGCUUGACCCACCCGAACACCGGUCACUGCACGCCGGUAGCUCCGGUUCAGGUUCGCACCAUCAUCCCCACCAUCACCAUCACCACCAUCACCAUCACAGGCGCAAUCUGUCGAUGGAACCGCAGGAGCUUGCGCGCGAUUUGGCCGCUGCCGUCGAUGGAUUGAAUUUGCUGCCGCUUAGCCAACAGCAACCUCACCAACCAACGGCACAGCCACAAACUUCGGCGGCCAUGUCCCACCAUCAGCAUCACCCGCCACACCAUCAACAUCCGGCCCCGCCGCCACCGGGCGUCGGCGUAAGCCCCGGGUCGGAUGUGGACGCCGUGCAUGAUUACGCGGAAAUUUAUACGCCAUCGCGUGAGAAAGCACCGGCCUGGUUGAAGGGUCUUCCUAGCGGUGGAUCGAGCACUACUACCUCGGAUUCGGUGGCAGAUCUCGGUACGCCACGACCGCCUACACCGCCACUUCAUCGAUUCCCGAGCUGGGAAGCCAAAAUCUAUCAGGUCGCCAACGAUGGACUGGCGGGGGCCGGUGGUAGCAGCAACGGUGUGGGCGAGGAAACCGAAUCCCAAGAUCAAGAGUCCGGUUCCGGCAUGACGUCCAGUGUCGGGGGUGUGAAUUCGCGCUCGCAAACCGUAUCCGGAGGUUACUGUGAUAUCAGCGUACCGGUGUACGCCACCGUGAAAGGGCGUGCAUCACAAAUCCGUUCGAUGCCAUUUACUGGCGAUUCUAGCGAUGACAGCAGUGACGGUGAGGAUGGCCACGGGGCGAUGCUAACCUGUGCCACCUCGACACACAAUUCGCACAAUUCUACCAGCACGGACAACACGGAGACGAGCACGUCCGGCAGUGCCUCUAGUCCAUCGAAGAGCCUCAAAACCUCCUCUAGUCUCAGUCCGGCCAAACGUUCCGGCUCGGAAAGUCCAAAGAACAAAGGCCGUGCAAUUUCCGAACUGUCCUUUGAAUCAGGCCUCUCGGACGACUAUGCCAUCCCACCGGAUGCCGUUUCAACGGUCGACACGACCUGCAUGGACGCAUCGAUGCCCUCCCUUCUGAUGCGCACCUCGUACGCCGACUCGCCGAACAAAAAGAUGGAAACACUCGAAAAGGUUGGCCAUCUGGCGAAGCUGGGUGGUAAGCUAAAGACCUGGCGCAAACGCUGGUUUGUACUGAAGAACGGUACGCUAACGUACUGGAAGAGCCAACACGACGUCAACCGUAAACCACAGGGUCAGAUUGCACUGGACGAAGCGUGUCGCAUAAAUCGAGCCGACGGUGCAUCGACGUUUGAGAUCGAUACGGGCAAAAAGGUGUACUAUCUAACGGCCGAUUCGAAUGCCACGAUGGACGACUGGAUACGGGUGCUACAGAAUGUACAGCGAAGGAACGCGACCAAGCUCCUGCUGAGCCGUGACGAUCAAAAACCUACGGUGCAGGGUUGGGUGACAAAGGUGAAGAACGGUCACGCCAAGAAGUGUUGGUGUGUGCUGCUAGGGAAAAUGUUUCUUUACUUUAAAGCGCCUGGUGAAACGAAUCCUCUCGGGCAAAUUAAUAUGCGUGAUGCACGCGUCGAGGAAGUUGAGCACGUGUCCGAUUCCGACUCGGAAGAACGUGAAGAUCCCGCUCAAAGCCAAGCGCGUCUCACAGUCGCUAUCUAUCCUCAGCAACAGGGAGUGGGUCCAACGUACUUGAUACUCCCAGGCAAACAGGAACGCGAUAACUGGCUCUAUCACUUGACAGUCGUGUCCGGCGGAGGACCCAACGCCGGUACGCAGUACGAGCAGUUAAUCCAGAAGCUCAUGGAAACCGAUGGUGAUCCAAACUGUGUUCUCUGGAGGCAUCCGAUACUGUUGCACACGAAGGACAACAUCACUUCGCCUCUAACCUCACUCCAUUCCGAAACGCUACAGGCGGAAGCGAUCAAACUGUUCAAGAGCUGCCAACUGUUCCUUUCCGUAGCAGUCAAUCAACCCGGUAUCGACUAUCACGUAGUGCUAGCGCAGAACGCUCUCCAACAGUGUCUGGACAUGUCCGAGCUACAGUCGGAACUAAUCUGUGCACUGAUUAAGCAAACGUCGCGCCAUACCGGACAGAAGCUGGGUGUAGGCGUCCAGGUAAACAAGAAACUGGCCAAACCCGCUCGUCAACUACUGCUUUGCGCAACCCAGAGUUUGUUCACUUGCGAUACGCAGCAGGGCAGCGUUGCCCAAGCGAAUGGGAGCUCACCCACUUCCAUUCAGGCUCCAACCGUUCCUCCGAUCGAUUGCAAAUCGAAUCCACCGACCUACACCUUCAUACAGGGCUGGCAACUGUUGGCCCUUGCCGUCUCACUGUUCGUUCCUAAAAACAGUCGCUUACUCUGGUACUUGAAGCUACAUCUUUCGCGUAAUGCCGACUCGAAAACAGAAUGCGGCAAGUAUGCAGCCUACUGUGAACGAGCUCUCGAACGUACGAUGCAAAACGGUGGCCGUGAGACAAAACCUUCACGCAUGGAGGUACUCUCGAUUUUGCUGAAAAAUCCUUACCAUCACUCGCUACCGCACGCCAUCCCGGUACAUAUGAUGAACGCCACGUACCAGGUGGUAUCGUUCGAUGGUUCGACUACGAUCGAAGAGUUUCACUGUACGCUGGCACAGGAGAUCGGUUGCCGGGACUCGACGAACGGAUUCACACUGUUCAGUGAUGAUCCGAUCGAAAAAGAUCUCGAGCACUAUCUGGAUCCACAGGCAAAGCUCUGUGAUGUUAUCUCGAAGUGGGAAACUGCUCUGCGAGAAAAAGGCUCGGGCAAGUUCGAAAACUCUCGCGUCAUUCAGCUGACGUACAAGAAUCGGUUGUACUGGAAGCAUGCGGCCAAACUGGAAACGGAAAAGGAGCGAUUGCUGCUUUGCUAUCAAGUAAACCUACAAGUGGUACAAGGACGAUUCCCUUUGUCGCGCGAUCUAGCACUGGAACUUGCAUCUCUAAUGGCGCAAAUCGAUAUGGGCGACUUCGCGUCGGACAAAUCGAAAACCAACUCACUGCAAGCGCUCGAUAAGUUCUAUCCCUACCGCUACCGGGACGCACUCAAUCAGGAAGGUCUGAAGGAGCUGCAGGAUCUACUCUCGGCCAAAUGGGCACUACUGCGCGGUCGCUCCAUACUGGACUGUGUGCGCAUCUAUCUGACGUGCGCACGAAAGUGGCCCUUCUUUGGGGCAGCACUGUUUCAGGCAAAACCACGCCAUUCCGACCAGGCAAUGGCUUGGUUGGCCGUUUCGGAGGAUGCGCUCAGUGUGCUGGAACUCUCGUCAAUGGCCAUCAUUGCUCGCUAUCCGUACAGCUCGGUAAUGACGUUCGGCGGCUGUCAAGACGAUUUUAUGCUCGUGGUCAGUGCGGAAGACACACUGCAAACGGUCAGCAACGAACAGAAGCUACUGUUUGCGAUGAGCAAACCGAAGAUACUGGAAAUUACGCUGCUCAUCGCAGACUAUAUGAAUGCGCUCGGCCACACACUGCCCGGAACGCCCCAAAUGAACACACUCACGCGCAACGGAAGCCAUCGUAGCAUACGAUCCCGCGCACUGCCCGGCUCGCUGACGGGAACGCCCGCUCACAACACACUAAACUCCCACGCCACCCACGCCAACAACACGCUAACCUCCCACUCGCACACCCUCAACUCCCACGUCAGCCAUACGCUCAGCUCCCAUGGCCAGCCGGAUAUCCUGAAAAGCACACCGGACCAUCAGCGUCUCAAGUGA